CACAAUCUCUUCAACAAAACUUCACACGAUCAUACUAAAACUUGUUUCAUUACAACCACCAGUUUGUUCUCCUUUCACAAUGGCUAAAAGUGUUGCUCAAUCUGCUACCUUGGCCUCCCUUGACCAAAAGCUGGCAAUGGCCAAGCGCUGCUCUCACGAGGGCGUGGUUGCUGGAGCUAAGGCAGCCAUCGUUGCAACCAUUGCCACCGCAAUUCCAACUCUCGCUAGUGUAAGGAUGCUGCCAUGGGCAAGAGCCAAUCUCAAUCACACCGCACAAGCUCUCAUAAUCUCCACAGCGGCAGGAGCAGCUUAUUUUAUAGUUGCAGACAAGACUGUUCUGGCUACGGCACGGAAGAACUCCUUCAAGCAUGCACCUAACAUGGAGGCACGAAUUUGAGUUUGGUUUUAAAUCUAAAACUCAGCAUCUAAUGUAAGCCAUUACCAUUCAGUUGGCCAUUAACAUGGAGGGGGUGAUCAGUUGAAUUUGUA